AUGAAGCAAUCGUGGGAACAGGUCAGGGAGUGCAAAAGGGCCCAGCAGAUCGAGGCCAUCACCCAGGCCCAGGAAAAGAUCCAGGACCUCGAUGCUGGCCGCUUGGCAGAACUUGUGUCACCACCCAUUGCGAGUCAGCUGGUGGGAUUGAUGAGCAAGGGGGAAGCGACUGCGACAGAAGUAGCCAAGGCGUAUAUCACGAGCUUGACGGAAAUCUGUUUCAAUGACGCCCUCACCCGUGCGGCCGAGCUGGACGGCUAUCUCAAGACACACGGCAAAGUUGUCGGCCCCCUCCAUGGAGUUCCCGUGACAUUGAAGGACCAGUUCGACGUCAAGGGGGUUGACACGACCAUCGGAUAUGUCUCGAGAUGCUUCACGCCUGCCUCUGACGAUGCGGCUCUUGUCAAGAUCCUCCGGUCCCUGGGAGCCAUCAUCAUCGCCAAGACGAACUUGCCCCAAAGCAUCAUGUGGUGCGAAACCGAGAACCCUCUCUGGGGUCUGACGACCAACCCCUUGCGCAAGACUUAUACUCCCGGAGGCUCGACAGGCGGCGAAUCAGCCCUGCUUUCCUGCCAGGGAAGCAUGCUAGGCUGGGGUACCGAUAUUGGCGGGAGUAUCCGCAUCCCUGCCCACAUGAUGGGCCUGUACGGCCUGAAGCCCAGUAGCGCCCGUCUCCCGUAUAGGGGGGUCCCUGUAUCGCAGGAUGGCCAGGAGCAUGUUCCGUCGUCUGUGGGCCCGCUGGCGCGCGACCUGGAAACCAUCCUGACGGCCAUGUCUUCUGUUGUCGGUGCCCGUCCCUGGGACCUCGAUCCCCGCUGCGCUCCUAUCCCCUGGAGGCAGGAGGAAUAUACAGAGGCCCUGGACCGGCCGCUUACCAUUGCCGUACUGCACGACGAUGGUGUAGUGCGGCCCCACCCCCCCAUCUCCCGAGUCCUUCGUGAGACUGUCGAUCGCCUCAGAGGAGCCGGCCACGACAUCUUCGAGUGGAAUUCCGACCUCCACCCUGAUUGUGUUGCUGUCAUGGAUAAGUUCUACACAAUCGACGGCGGCGAAGACUUGCGCUCGGCCGUGCUUGCCGGCGGCGAGCCCUUUAUCCCACACGUAGAGAGGCUUAUAAACGCCGGCCAAGCCAUAUCCGUAUUCGAGUACUGGCAGCUCAACAAGAAGAAGGUCGAUAUCCAGCAACGCUACCUCGACAAGUGGCUCUCGCUCGUGUCCCCCAACACGGGCCGACCUGCAGACGUGAUCCUCAUGCCUCCGAUGCCCCACCCGGCCGUGCCCCACAAGGGCUGCCGCUGGGUCGGAUAUACGAAGGUGUGGAAUUUCCUCGAUUACCCAGCCCUUGUUCUUCCUGGGGGCUCUGUUGGCCGGCAGGAUCUCUCAGAGCCCUUUGAUCACGAGGCUAGAAAUCUGCAGGACGAGUGGACCGGUGGUCUGUGGAGGGACAGGAAGGAGGAGAUGGCCGAGCUUAAGCUCCCGGUAGGCGUCCAGCUCAUCUGCCGCAAGCUGGAGGAGGAGAAGCUCAUGGCUAUUGGCAAGGUUGUGGAUGAUGUCAUCCGUUCUGCGUAG